AUGGAUGCGCAAAAUGCAAUUUCUCUUAUUUUGUGUGUAGAGAUAGUGGCUGUUGACAAGGACAAGAUUGUUUUUUGAAAUGGACAGCGUAGCCGGCUUACGUACUGAUGAAGCAACGAAGCGGCUGUGUGACUGUUUGAGAGCUGAAAUUGAAGCUCAGAGUGCUAAUUACAUAACUCCGUCUAACGUGUGGCGCUGGUUUGCCUUAGCUUGUCGCCACAACUUACAGUCUCCUGUGCAUUGGUUGUCUUCGUUGCUGCUACUGCUCAUGGCGAUGUUACUGCUAGUGUCGUAUCCGUCUCAGCAACACAGCGGAAGGGCUGGUUUGCUCGUGUUCGAGGGCUCCUUUAUGCUUAUUUUGGGAGUCAUCAAUGUUACAUUGGGAGUUUGGGAAGAAUAUCUGAGACAAACUGAAAUGACUAGGAAAGUAUCAAGAAUACUAGCUGAUGUAUCCGGAGCACUAAAUACAUGCUCUGAGAAUGCAGAAAGUCCGUUAUACUUUCCGGUGCUGAUGCCAUCAUGUUCAUCUCUCAGCUUUAUUCCAACUUUCAGAGAUGGACGUUUAGUCAAUUUGCCUGUUUGCUUGCUAGUUGAGGAUGAUGAGGUGCUGAUGCCUCCUGGGACACAAGUACCAGUCAAUAUGUCACAGAUUGAUGGAGGAGAUGGAGAUGGUUUAGUCGAGCUAAAUAGAGGAGAUAUUUAUUCACCAGUUUCUGACAAGGAGGCAAAAGAAAGUGAAGUUAUUGAGCACUCACAUAUUGCUUCAUGGAGUCGUUUCCAAGUCAAAGAGUCUGCAGUUUCCCACAUUGUAAGGCAUUCACUUGCCAUGAGCUUGAAUCGGCCGUCUAGUGUGUUGGUUCAGGAAAAGCACAAGUUUACCAUUCAAUUACUUUCACAUAAACUGAUAUGGAUAUUUCUGGGUGUUUCGAUAUUCUUCAGUGUGCUUAGAUUGGCUCUUCUGCCAGAUGACGUGGCUGAUUGGCCGGAAAUGAUCUACAUUCUCCAGAUAUACACGGUAAUGCCACUACUUCCGCUUUCUUUUCCACUUCUGUGGACUGCAUUGAAGUUGUAUGGAACAGCACGUGUACUGACAUCAUUCAAUUACUCACGCUCCCGUCCAGAAACUGUUCUGGGUGAGACCGUUCCACCAGACUUUACUCCUCCUGAUCCCAGCCAGACUGUCAACAGUGAAAACGAAAACUACAAGCAUGUUUGGCAAACAUUUUGGGAACUGGUCAAAGGCCAUCCCAACUGCCUUUCAAGAUCUGCAAACCUUCUUGAAGGCCUUGGUAAUGUAUCGGUGCUUUCUUGUUCUGACAAAGAAGGAGUGUUGUGUAAUCCCUCACCUUAUCCAAACAAAGUCUUCUUCUUUUGCUCUGAAGACUCUAACGAAACUUGCAGUGCCCAGAAUACUGAUGGCAACCAGCCAAAUGACAACGAUGAGGAUCAAGGCAAGAGUGAAACAGCUGACGGAUCUCAUGCGAGUCUGAAGGCUCAUAGAGUAUCAUGGCAUGGUCUCAAAGAUGAUAUUAAUGUUAUUGACUCAUUGUAUAAACAAUUGGAUAGUUCCUCAAAUGAAGCAUCACGUGUAGAAGAUCUGACAUAUGCAGCAAAGAAGUUACCACCUGCUGGUAUUAUCCAACUGCCGAGCAAUUCGCUGAUCAGUGACGAGUCAUGGUUGUCACGUGAUGAACUAACAGAGUUUAUGACAUCACGCAGUCCAUCACUUUUUGACGGACAAUACAGUCCAGGAUCAGAUGUUCACGUACAAAUUCUUGACUUUUCAGUUGUGUCUCAAGGAUGUUCGGUGAAGUUUGAUGAACCCACAUGGCCACGAUUUCUUCAGUCAUUGAAACCUUUAGGUCUUAAUGUUCUUCUGAACAACGCUAGCCAGUCACCAUAUGCAGCUCUCUGGCGCCAAAGUCAUUUGUGCAGUUUGACAACAGGCCAAAACAACUCUGAUGCGUUAGAAAGGUAUCUCUUUGCAUUGGGUCAUGAGAUCGGUUUCACAUCAGGUGGCUUAUCUGUAUUUCAACUUGUCUCCUCUAUAUCAGUUUUCGCCACUGCAACAUCGUGGGAUCUAUUGCAACCAUCCUCAAGAAUAGUGAAAGGAGACGAAACUGUUAGGAAUAGGAGGUGGUGUGCACCUAAAUGGCAUCUGAAUAAGCACAAGUCAUCAAUUGCAGCUAUUCCUGCUGCUCAAGUCAUGGUGUCUCAGAUUGUGAAACAAGUAGAUUCUGGGAUGUAUCAACUACUAAGUCGAGGACCAGCUGACUUACUGCUAGAUCAGUGUGUUGACUACUGGGAUGGUUCUGAGUUGAAACCUUUGACUACACAAAGAAGGAAACGUGUCAUGGACUUUUACCGGAGAUUUAUUUUAUCAGGUUACUGUGUUGCUUUGGCCUAUCGUCCAUUAGAUGACAUACAGCCUCUUGUUACUGUGAACAGUGAUGUGUACAUUACUGUGCCACACUCAUAUUUCGAUGAAACGUUUGAGAGUAGUGAGAGUCUAGAAGUUUUCUCAUUGUCAGGAACAAGUCAUGGAGAAACAGAGGGUGUACUUGAUGAAGUUGGAACUGGAUUUAUGGAGAAGGGACCUGUCCAGUGUGUUAACGUUAAUCCUGAGAGCUGCUUUAGGCUGCAGAAAGGUCAAGUGUUUAUUGGGAUGGUUUCUCUCCAAUAUCAACCAAAGCGGGAUAUUGUGCGAUUGGUUGAAGAUUUGGAUGGAGCUGGAAUUCGAUUUGUUCACUUUUCUUCUGACAGUGAACUAACCAGCAAAGUCUUUGCAGCUAAGAUGGGUCUGGAGACAGGCUGGAAUUGUCAUAUUUCACUUGCUGAAGAUCGUGAUCAAAAGCAAGAGCCUGACAGUGAUGGUGACGAGUGCAGUAGUGGUUCUACAAGCAGCAGAGUAGAUGAAAUGGAAGAAUUGUCUGAAGAUACUGACUUCGACACAGUAUUUAUGAACUACAAGGCAAGGCUGCCACGAGGAAUAAAGCAAAUAAGGCCUCACUUAGAAAACGUAGACAAUGUGCCGUUGCAAGUUUCGUUGUUUACCGACUGCAAACCACAUGCUACAAGAGAGAUGAUUGAGAUUUUGCAAGAAAAUGGAGAGGUUGUCUGUUGCAUUGGAUCUGCACUAAAUGUGGAAAACGUGCCAAUUUUUGCUCAAGCUAAUGUCAGUUUUGGCUUAGAGCCAGUAUAUCCACUUCAAUACUCCAAAUCUGGCUCUUGUCUGGAUGGUGAUGACAAUGAUGUCUUGAAUAAUGCAUAUGCAUCUUUAAGACAAGGGAAUGACUGUAGAGGUAUGUUUCGCCAUCUCCCUGUAUGGCUUGCUUGUGAUCUUAACAGUUUACCUUGUUCUCUGGUCUUUCAUCGUGAGGAUAAUAUCAGACUCACAAGUCUUGUUCAUGAAGCUCGUCACAUCACUUUGUCACUGCGUCUCUGCUUUCUUUUUCUUUUGUCAUGUCUUCUUACUCUUUCAAUUGUAAUGAUAUUGAGCUCCUUGUUCUUCCUGCCUCCUCCUCUCUCAGGCAUCCACAUUAUUUGGCUAAGCUUAGUUAUUGCACCAUUCCUCACGGUUCCUAUUUUGGCCAAAUCUCCUGACAAGAAACUCAUGGUUAGCCUAACAGCGAAGAAUAAAGAGCAUAUCAAGGAUUUACGACGGUUUGCUACGUACUAUAUGAUACGCUUUGUGCCACUGGCUGUCAUAGCUGUACUCUGUUUUGGUCUCACAUUGGCUCAAUUUUGUGAUCAUAUCAGAAAGAAUGCAUUCAUGAACGUCAGCAAUUAUAGUUGCCAUUCUCUGCUAGGAAUGAGGCAUUUUACAAGCAGCUGGAAUGGUUGGGGGUUGAAAUUUGUACAGAGCUUAGCUCUGGGGCAGGAUGUAAUAUCGUUCUUUUUUGCUUUUCAAUUUGCUUUUGCUUCCCUCACGUUUAUGGAAAGAAAUCAACCGUUGUGGAAAAUGAAACCUGUUGAUUACAAGUACUGGGUAAUUUGUGCUGCAAUUAGCUUGCUUCUACAAAUUCUGUACUUCUCGGUUUCAUCUUGGGCAUGGUCAGAUGCAGGUCUCACAGACAUGUUUACUGCAAAGCUCUCUGAUGUACCAAUAGCUGUGUAUGUCAUUGGUCUCUUGUGUCCUCUGCCGUCUCUUGCUGUUCACGAGCUGACCAAACAUCAUGAUCGAAAACAUUAUAUUCGGUAUCAGAAACGCCGGAAACUGGAAUUUCAGACAAAACUUGGUAUGAACUCUCCGGUUUGAUAGUUGGUGAUGUUAUGAAGUGCAUGCUAUGUUAUGGAAGCAUGCGAUUAAUUAAGCCAUGUUGCCAUGUAAUGUGUGAUAAUCUAGAUUAAUAUACAUUUUGUACUGGAAAGGCAAU